CCGGCGUAUCUUGUAUAUGGGGUUUAUUUUUUUCAAGUCCAGUUUUCCUAUAUCUCUUGGGUUCAUCUGAAAACAAAAUCAAUGGAAGUUCAUGGCUAUUCGGGUGUUCCUGUGGUCUUUGAUGGCCUUUUUUUCGGUCCUUUGACCGUAGGUCAGUCCUUUGUUGGAACUGUUUGUCUGAUGGAGGAUGCCUAUUACGCUCGUCCGUUUAGUACUGUAUGAUGCAAAUGAGUCUAUUGAUAGAUAUGGAUGUAAUGACCCUUUCUCCUUUGCCUGAAAUAUGUUCUUCUAUAUUUACUUUAAUUAUGGUAUCGAGUGAUCUCAAACCGUGCACAACGAUGGGGCUUCUAUUCAUUCUUGAACGCAAUGCUAUUCUCAUUGAACUGUCGUGUUGUGUCUAUGUAUGUGUAUACGUCUCCUUGUACCUUAUUCUCUCUUCCUUUUUUCCCUUUUCUUUGAAUUUCCAGGCUUCUUUGGCUCUCCAAGUCAUGAUCAUUAUUGUUGACGGUAUAUCGUUCGUUAGGUACAUCAGACCAACAAUUCUUAUUCUUGAUAAAAACUCUCAAUGAGGUCUUGUCUGUAUAUGCAUCAGGAACCCUAAAAAUGAUGUGGUAUAUAGCGAGAAUUUCAAACAAA